AUGGGAUUCAUCGCUUCGGUCUGCGACACUUCUCUGUUCAUAUUAAAGGAUGGAGCUGAUCUUGCAUACCUUCUUCUCUACGUCGAUGACAUCAUCCUCACGGCUUCUACCCCACAGCUCCUUAGGAGCAUCAUUGCGCGCCUUCACUCGGAGUUCUCCAUGACGGAUCUCGGCGAGUUGCACCACUUCCUCAGCAUUUCUGUUUCUCGAACAUCACACGGGCUAUUUCUGUCUCAACGUCACUACGCCGUUGAUCUUCUUCAUCAUGCCGGCAUGGCCGAGUGUCACUCUACAGCGACACCUGUUGACACUCGGGGCAAGCUAUUCGCCACAGACGGUGCUCCAGUUACUGAUCCUACUAAGUACAGGAGCCUUGCUGGGGCUCUCCAGUACCUUACGCUCACACGCCUCGACUUGGCAUAUGCAGUCCAACAAGUGUGUUUCUUCAUGCAUGAUCCGCGAGAGCCCCACCUUGCCUUGAUCAAGAGAAUACUUCGAUACGUCAAAGGAUCUCUUAACCUGGGGCUUUUCAUCGGUUCUUCCUCUCCUUCGACGCUAACGGCAUAUUCUGAUGCUGACUGGGCUGGAUGCCCAAAUUCCAUACGCUCCACUUCGGGCUACUGCAUCUAUCUUGGUGACAACUUGGUUUCUUGGUCCUCUAAGCGUCAAACGACUGUGUCACGAUCUAGCGCUGAGGCUGAAUACCGUGCUGUUGCUCAUGCCGUCGCGGAGUGCUGUUGGUUAUGA